AGCAGUCAGUAGUCAUUGCACAGUAACCAGUUUAUUGCAGUACACAUUUGCAGUAAAUCUUGUUCAACAUGGCCACUCCUCCUAGUGGUUCAUUAAGGAUAGGGGAUACUGUAUUGUUUAGGAUUAACAAUGGAUUUGUGUAUUCAGAGCUAUCAAGUUCUCCUUAUAACUUCAUGAUGGUUUCUGGUGACACUGAAGAGCUACCUAAUGUGAACUUUGCUGUGUUCAAGGUACUAGCUCCUAACAAGUACAAGGCACGUCAUCAUCUUGCAGAGUUGGAACAGAGAAAGAGUGAAGAAUAUGAAAUAUUGAAUGCUAAACGAGCAUUGGAAGUGGAGAACACUGAGAAUGAGAUUGAACAAGCUAGAAGAUAUGGAUCAAGAGUAUUAUAUGGAGACUCUGUCCAGUUGCAGCAUGUUUCAUCUAAGAAGUUUGUGUCCGUUCAUUCAGAAGCUUCAAAAACAGAGAGCAACAAUCUUCUAAUCAGUUUGUCCAGUGUCAAUGCUGAAGGUUGUGUUUUUAAAGUCCUCCCUCGGUAUAAAGUGAGAUCUGAAGGCGACGAGGUUCGAUUUCGUGACCAGCUCAAGAUUGAGAGUAUGAAGACACAAGGCCAGUUCCUCCACUCCAGUAACAGGACACUGGGAGCUUCUAAUGCCAGCUUCAAUGUACUGAAGGACUGUUUUGAGUUGAAUCUCUCUGCUACUGAAUCAGCUCUUACUCUAAUUUCUCACUUCUCUCCAUCUUCUAACAAGAUUGACGACAAAGCUUUGAGAGCUGGCAGUUGUGUGAGAUUGUUCCACAAAGAAGAUGAGUGUUACAUUGUAGCUGAAGGAUCUUUUGCUGAACUUGAUAAUCCUAUCAUUGAGGAUGUUCAUUGUAGAAUGAGAAGAGUUGACAAUAGGAAACAUGGUGAGCCUUCAACCUCCUCUAAUACAUACUGGCAGAUUGAGAAGCAAGAGAACCCAAUUGAUGGUAAUGUCAUAUCUUGGGGUGACAGAUGCAGACUGAAGCACUUACCAACAAGAUCCUACCUUGCAGUGCAGAAAGAAGGAGAGCAAGACUGGAAGGUUACUUUAACAGAGGAGAAAGGUCUGGAUACAAUAUUCAGUUUCUCACCACUGAUUCAAGAAGGAGAUGAAGUUUUGCUUGAAUCAUAUGCACUUAUUAAACACAGGGUCAGUGGGAGGUGGCUUCAUUUAGAUAAACAAAGUAAAUAUGAACGAGUUGGUUUUGAUUCAAAGGCUAAAGGACUGGCUGGACUACAAUGGGACUCUGCUGAAUUAUAUAAAUUGACUACCAGUGCAGACAGAGGAGAUUAUGAUUCAUUUACACUACAAGAGGUCAAAGAAGAUCUGGUGGAUAGAUUCAAUUUUGUAGCUGGUAUUGUACCAGUACUUACUGCAUUUAUUAGAAGUUGCUUUGAUGGCAGUGACAUCAAACAGAAGCAAGGUGUACGUGUGAGAGAGUCUCUUAAAGAUUUAAAGAAAUGGCUAGUGACAGACAGAGACAGAGACACUAAGAAUAACCAGAAACUGCUUAGGAAUUUAAGAGUAUUGGAACAAUUGGCAGAGAUACUUAAAGCAGUUGAAGAGUUAUCUAGUCGAUCAAAACACUUUAUUGUGGAAAUUGGUCGUGAAUGUUAUAACGUCAUUCAAAAGUUUUUGGAAGGAGACAGUCGAAAGAAUGAGAACUAUCUUGCACAUUUUAUUGAAUUUUUUCAAACACAGAUGGGUCAAGGUUUAAAUGCAGAGGAAGUAUUAGUUGAAAUAGUUCAGGACAACUUAACUAUUGUAUCAACAAUGGCUGACACUCAGAUGAGCAAUAUGAUCAAGCAAUUCGUUGAAACACAAGACCCAAGGUUCUUGGAGUUUCUCAGUUCACUUUGUGUGUGUGCAGAUAGACCAAUCCCAUCAACACAAAUUCGAUUGCUGAAUGAACUAGUGAGACCUCAUGGAAGAGAUAUAUUCCUGCAAACUGAAGUUGAUCGCAUAGCAGAGACUGGAGAGGAGAGGGUGUUUGUUCGUGGUCCCUCAGUGAAUGACAAGUUGAUAUCAAUGCGUAAGAUUAAUCCACCAGAGGACAAGAAAAGACAAAUUAGGAGAUCUACCUCAGAGAAAAAAGAUAAAAGGGACCCUUAUGAACUGUUGCUAGCCCAGUUACACUUUAUAGCUAAACUGUGCAAGGGCAAUAACAAUGAGACCAUAUCUGCACUGAUGUAUAGUGAAGAGAAUUCAACUGGGUACAUUGGUUUUAAUGAAGCUAUUACUGUUGUUAAAGAUGCUCAAAUUGAUUCUACUUUGAGAUCCUGUUAUGUUGAACUGAUUCUUGUUAUGUUUGUUGAUGUUGGAGAGAACAGGUCAUUCCUAGACCACCUCUGCUACUCUUUUGUUUAUGAUGGACUAAGUGCCACUCCUUAUGAUGAUACUGGAGAUGAGGAGACCAUUGCUCUAACUGGGGUUGAAAACCUUCACUUCCCUGACCUAAAGAACUGGAUAUUAGACACUAUUAAUAGCAGAACAGAGCUGAGGUCUCAUUCCAGUUUCAUUAAGCAAAACGAGUAUCUUUCUCAUGUACUUGAACUAUUGGGGUAUUUGGUACGAUAUGGUUACUAUGACGACUUGGGAGAUGUUGACGAUACAAUGAUACCUCUGAUUAAACUACUUGAUGGACACACUGACCUACCAUCACUACCUAAUGAAGAUGAUACUGAAGAAAUGACUGAGUUCAUAUCUCAGUUCAGGGCCUCUGGUAGGAAGAUGGACACACCUGAAAACAAAGCUGUCUUUGGUGUGAAGUGCAGGGCCCUGGAAGUUUUGGAACUUUUCUUUCGUUUCAAAUUUUACGUCAAGUUACAAAAAUUCAUGUAUGAUUUUAUUGUCCUUCAAACUAAAAGAAUUCGUGUUCAAAGUUUUUCAUUCCAUCAGUCGACAGAAGAGGCUGAUCCACCUGUGGCUUUGUCCCAAUUGAUUCAACUGCCUGAGAAUGACUGUUCUAUUGUACACAGUUCAAGAAUGAUUAGCAUGACAAGAGAUCGUAUAAAGUACUUGUGUGGAGGUUGCAUUGAUGGAGGUGGUUUUGCUCCAGCUGAUAAAGGUGUCCCUAAACUAGAAGAAGUAUUACUUGAUCUUUCAGAGUAUGAUUGUGAUGAAUUGGUAACAGCAUCUCUUGAUCUGUUGACUCAAAUGUACUUCUUUGAAGAGGAGCUGUUCCAAAAGGCACAUCAGGGUCAACUACUGACAGCUCCAGAGUCAUUGAAGGAUUUCAAACUAGUUAAGGACGACAUACUACCUGAACUGAGGCAGCUCCUAAGAGUUGAUGCUAAUCGUGAGAAUCAGGACAGGGUUGAGUAUCUAAUGCAACAACUGAAGGGCCUUUGUAUCAUGAGAGGAAGUGAUGAUCCGAAUAAACAAAAUCAACUGAUGCUUGAUAACUUUGGACUUGUAUCAGAACUGGUCAGUUUUGUAUUGUCCAAUGAAAGUCAAGAGUCACAAGUAGAAACUGCUUCUGCCACUGAAGAUGAUGCUAAAGACAUUAAAGGUGCAGCAUUGCCAGUGGGUAAAGGAGUCUGCCAUGAAUGCUUGUGUUUACUGCGCCAUCUAGCAACUGACAAUAUCUCUGUUCAGAAGAGACUAUUCAAUAGGAUUGAUGAUUUACUUGACAUUACAGUCCCUGUACCAGUUCUUUCAGACCUUGCUGACCUCAUCACUGAAGUGUUCACUGGUGGACCUGAGCUUAUAUUAAAAGUCACUGAAGAUCACAUUGAAAAGAUAUUUGGAAUAAUGAAAGAUUCUGAGAAUUGUAAUGUACAAGCACAAUUUAUGGUGACACUUGAAGCAAUGGCUAAAAUUGAAGAAUUUAAUCUACCGGUUGCUCGUAACCAGGCCCAAAUUAUUAAAAACUUUUGUCAGUUGGACAGAAAAGGUUUUUGUAAGAUUGUACUGGGAGAAGAUAAAGAUAUUGAAGAACAAAGAAUGGACCUUUUAGAAACAGAUGAUGAUGACAGCCCUCAGCUACAACUCCUUCUUAAUGUCACUGACAUGUUAGCUGCUUGUGCUGAAGGAAAGCACAGGUUUAUAGAGUCUGUAUGCCAGAAUAUUCUAUCAAUUGAUGAACUAAUCAACAUAAUGACUAGUAAUUUGCCUCCUAAUCGUAAAAGACCUUUUGUUCGUUUCCUUAUAUGGGUAUACAUGGUAACGCAGGAGGACCAGCGAGGACAGCAGGGAGCCACUCUUAGUCACGGAGAUCUCAUGUGGGGCUAUCUAAAGCACAUGGCUGAAUUCCUUGAGAAUAUAGCUACAGUACUGGAUGGAGUAUCUUCUGAAGGUCUUGAAGAUCUAAAGUAUGAAAUGACAGCCUCCAAUAGGAGAAGGACAUCAUUCUCAUCUGCUGCUCGUCCCAAGAAAUCUUCACGUAUCUUAUCAGUGAAAAUAUACCCUGGAAUAACAGAUGAAAGGGGACAGUUAAUACCAGGAUUACUGGAGUAUUUGGCUGAUGGAGUCAUUCCUCUUCUCCAUUCAUACUACACUACAUUCUUUGAUCCUGAUGGCCUCAGCAAAGAAUCUGAAAAAUCUAAAGAAUUUGAAGUAUCGGCUAACAUUGCCAAGAGUUUAGCGCAUCUUAGUAAAGAGUUAAUAAAAGUCUUUUCAAGUCAAAGUUACAUUCAAAUGUACCAGGAGACACUGAAUAAACUCCUUGAGUUUGAUGAGAUUAAAGAAAGAGCAAGCCUUGAUGAGAAGAAGACUCUUGAAGUACAGGAGGCUCUGGAUAGUGUUGCUCUAAUAAAACCAUCGCGUCAUUCUUCUCGACGUGGAUCAAGUAAGAAACUAAACCAAGGACUUCAAAAACAGUUCACUGUUGAUUCACAAAUUGAAGAAGAAACUUCUGGUGAUGAUAUGAUUGAACAUUAUGAUGAACAACAAGAACUGAAUGAUUUAUUUAAUUCUUAUUCAAGGAACUAUCACUCAUCAUAUAUGGGACCAAACACUGCCAGACAUCAGAUAAACUCUCCAGUUGAAGAAAUUGAGUAUAGUGAUGAAGGCGAGGAGCUUCCACUGGGUCCAAGCUUUCAAAGACUUGUUCAUUUAUUUUUCAGUCCACAAAAUAAGGAAGUUAAAGAACAUUCAGAAAGACUUCUCUAUCAACUGGAGGUAUCAAGUAAAAGAACAGAGCAAUUAGGAGAGGCAGAACAAGUUAAACAGAACAUUCUUGAUGUCAGAUGUUUACAGCUAUUGAGGGCAUUGAUACAUAACCAGAUCAAGCAAAUAGACCCAGAACUGAAGGACAGAGACCCCAUCAAAUUCAGAGAGAAAAGUGAUACUUUGAUUGUACCAAUUCAAAACAGAAUCCAAGGAUUUGAUAAUGCAGUGAACAGAGUGAUUCCUUUACUAACACACAUUGAUGAAAGUAUAUCAAGAGAAGCACUGGCUCUUAUGAAGGCUCUGCUGUUCUCUGGUAAUGAAGAAUGUCAAGAUGGAAUAGCAAGAAGUGUUCAAGAAACAAGAGAAGAAAUAAUAUUUUUAGUUCUUAAGCAAAGACUAGAAAUAGGGAGUCUUAAUUACAGAGAAACAAAUGCUCUUAAAGCUCAGCUUGAUGAAAGGAAAGAACUGAAAAGAAAAAAUGAACCAGCAGCUACUACAAAGGAACAAACUUUGAGGAGAGACACCAGCACUGCUUCAAUGUCAAGGAAAGUUACAUUUUCCAAAGCUGAUGAGACUGUGAUUAUGAACCCGACCAGUAAAGAGGUAGCCAUUUCAAUGGAGACACUGGAUAGAGACGAAGAAGAAUUGUCAACUUUAAAAAGACCUAAAGCACUCUCUUUUGUUACUGAUGAUGAGGCAGGAGAGUCAUCAUGUAGUAAACCAGAGGGAGAGAAGGGAAAAGAAGUAGAAGUAUUGUCACAACAGUUGAUUGCCGAUGGACACUGGACUAACCUUGUACUAGAGGUAAUUGGACUUAUGUGUGAUGGACAGAACAGAACACUGCAGAACUACCUCAGGGAGCAACCUGAUAAUUUUAAAACUAUUAAUGUUGUAGCUGAGGUCACUGCAUUCCUUCAUGCUUACACUGCUGACUUCAGUCAAGGGAACCUAGCACAGAUUAGUCAGAUCCUCCAGGCUCUGGUUGAGAUGUGUGUUGGAAAUGUUGAGAACCAACAGGUUAUUUAUGAUAAACUGGUACUGGACCCCCUCAAUAGAAUACUGCAACUUCCUUUGGAUGAAAUGCAUAAAGACUGUGUAACUGAUGACCCUCAUAAGUGUACUACUUGUUCUUAUAUACUGGAGCUGAUUCAAGUUAAAGGCAGUGCUAUCGAGCUACUUGAUGUCAUGCUUGAGGAGAUUAAUCCACUGACUGCAACAGUUGCUAAAGGAAUUGGGUCAUCUCUUGAUGUAGACUCUGUAUUUUCGACAAUGAAACUAUUUUAUGAUUUGCAGUCUCACAGUUUAGUGAGGAAGCAGCAGAUGGAUGAUGAUUGUCAACGUGGACUCAAUAAAGCCUAUCAGGUCCUGGUGACACUCAUAGACUAUGGAACAAUACCAGUCAAGAGUAAAAGGGAAUUGAAGAAACUGGCAGAUAAGAGUUGUAGAGAUGCAGUGAAUGCAGCAGCUCAGCAUUCACAUUCAAUUGAGAUACACUACGAGGAGGAAGGAGCUAAGCCAAUGCUAGCUAGAGUACACUUUCCUUAUAAGGGAGAGCUAAGGGAGGAAGUGACUGAGUUGGUUCGUUGGAGUAUCAACAGAGACUCAAUGGAGGACAAGCAGAGAGCUCUCCUUGAUUUGAUGCCUGCUCUUAAAAGAGACGUACUUCAUCAGACAAAGUUAAAAGAUACCAAAAUAAUGAAGCCUUUCCUUGCCUUCCACUCCAUUCGUAGUAGACUAUUGAUGUUUGUUACAGUUCUACUGAACCUCUUCCUUCUCUUCAUAUACACUGUACCGCCUCAUGCAGUGGGAAACAACACUCCAUUCAGACCUGACUUUCCCCGUUGGUUCCAUCCUCUGUUCUUUGUUCUUGGAGCUAUUCAUCUGUUCCUGUCCCUUUGGAUUGUUGUGGAAUAUUUUGUCAUAAACUGGCCUCAUUUCAGGCUCCCUUCCUUUUGCUACACGCUAAGGGCUAAACUGGAGUAUGCUGUUUUGAAGGAGUCCAGUACUUAUCAGCCUCCAAGACUGAACUGUAUUGAUGUUGGGUUGUUUAGUAUAUCAACUCUUUACAUGUUCCUGUUCUUACUAUCGUCAAUACUGUCUCUGGCCUUCAGUGGAUACUUUUAUUGCUUUUGUCUCCUUUUCAUUAUUAUUGAUAAUGAUAUACUCAAGAGAGUCCUGAGAUCUGUCACUAAGAAUGGUAUUUCCUUGAUAUGGGUUGCUAUUCUUGGACUGAUUGUUCUCUUCAUUUAUGCUGUGAUUUCAUUUGCUCUACUUCAAAAUAAUUUUGAUCCUGAGAGCAGUCUUUACUGUUCUAAUCUUGGAGAGUGUACGUACUCUGUCCUUAGAUAUGGUCUGGUUGAUAACCUUGGAUUUGUUGUCCCUUUUCAAAAUGGAACUUCGUUUGAUCCUCCUUUGUUUUCUGGUAGACUCAUUUUUGGUCUGUCAUAUUUUGUGAUUGUCAGUACGAUUGGACUCAACAUUGUAUUUGGUAUAAUUGUUGAUAGUUUCUCUGAACUAAGAGAAGAAAGAAGCAAUAUUGAGGCUGAACAGAAAAGCAAGUGCUUUAUCUGUGACCUUCCCAGCUAUGACUUUGAGAGAAGAGCAAAGGGAUUUCACAAUCAUGUAAAGCAUGACCACAAUAUGUGGGACUAUGUCUAUUAUUCGUUGUAUCUUGAUAACAUUGACACUGGCGACCACAAUGCUAUUCAGAAAUAUGUUUAUGAGCUGAUUUCUGAAAAUGAUACUGGUUUCUUCCCUCAAGAAGAGGCUCGCUGCCUUUCAGGUGAAGUAGACACCACAGGAGAAAAGAUUGGAGAACUGCAAGAGAAAGUUGAGAGUAUCUUGCAGCAUUUCAGAGACAAGGAAUAUGCCAAGAGUGUUAAAGCAAAGGAAUUGGAUCAGAAGAAAUGGGAGCAAGAGGUCCAGCAGUCCUCAAUUACUCCACAGAUUAGUGUGGAUCAGUCUGUGACCUUUCGUCAUGGUCUGCCCUCUGGAAAGAGCAUGGAUUUUGGCUCUGGGCCUUUUUAAAAAUUUUAGUUUUUAAUAUGAACUUUUUAAAAUCUUUGUAGCAUUAUAAUAGAAUUAUAAAUCAUUUUAGUGUGUGUGUGUUUAUUUUUAUUUUUUUGAAAUCUUUACAUAGGCAGACAUUGA